AUGGCCUUCAACUCACAACCAGGUCCGUCAAGCCAGGGCAUGCAAGGCGUCUCAUACCCGAACUAUGGCAGUCCUUCAACCAUGCAGCAUCGUGCAACGAACCCGCACUUUCGACAUUUCGAGUGGUAUGAGGAAUUCAAGAGCUGCCGGCGAUACUUCUUAGACGUGGCUCAACACUCCGACCCCGUUCAAAGUCUAGCCGCGUUCUUAAACAUCCAACUACCUUUUCAGAAGCAGCCCAACCCCGUCAUGUCAUCAAAUUCUCCUUCCCCACGUGCCGCCGGUCCAGAAAUGGGAGGACAUAUGGGACAGCCACGAUUUGGAGGAAGCCAGAAUACAGGGCAGGCUCAAGCGUGCUCACUGAUCCCUUACAUAAGGAGAUUGAUAGUGACGGGUUAUGAUUCGCCUCUCAUAUUACAUGGGUUCUUUGGUGACGAUUGGGUUGCUGGAGUGGGAUCUUUACACGAGAUUGAACGAAGAAACUAUUUGUUUGCAGCAAAGAGUACCAGCUGGAUGAAGGUCAAACAGGCAUAUGAUAUGUCGCCCCAAGAAACAGUCCCAUUUUUGAAACCCUUAGUCGAUGUGUCGGAAGUGGAAAUACAAGCGGCCGAGUCGUCAUGGAGCGAAUGGUUGGCUAUGCAGGAUUGGAUGUUGGGUCCACGAGCGCCUGAGACGAUGAACCAUUCUCCUCAUGUGAAGAGGGAACCGGAUGAAUAA